CGUUGACCGAAGAGAACAGCGGCGCCCUGCCCGCUUCAACGGCAGUAGCGUCGUCGCUCAUCUCCACGUCGGUCAAUGCGGCCAUGGAUCCCAAGCUUGGAGGGAGACAUGUUCAGAGAUGAGGGAAAUCCGGGGUCGGUGUCCCUCUUUGCGGGGAACAAUUCAAUUCUCUAUAAGUUGUCCUUCUCCUUGCUGACACUCGCCUCUGUUUUCCUGGGCUCAUCUGCAUUGCCAUCUUUGCCCGACAGAAGUGUGCAGCUAUCAUCCCAGUCACCAUGGCGGCGCACCAAGACAAUGACCAGCGCCUAAGCGCAGAGCAGCACCAGCUCCAGCACCAGCCGACCCACGACGUCGAGAAGCUUCACUCGUCGCACCAGGAGGAUAUCAUUGACAAGAGCGAGCCUGUCCGCGAGGGCGACUACUCGGGCGCCGUGGCCAAGUCGUCCGCCGAGGAGAUCAAGCUGGUCCGCCGGCUCGACCUCUUCCUCAUGCCCACCCUCUGGAUCAUGUACUUUCUCAACUACCUCGACCGCGCCGCCAUCACGCUCGCCCGCCUCAACGGUCUCGAGGACGACCUCGGCCUCGAGGGCUCGCAGUACAACACGGCCGUCUCCAUCCUCUUUGUCGGCUACAUGCUGGGCCAGAUCCCGUCCAACAUGGCCCUGACCCGCGUCCGCCCCUCGUGGUGGAUGGGCUCCUUUAUGAUCGCCUGGGCCGUCGUCAGCGCCCUCACCGCGCUCGCCAACGACUACGUCAGCAUCGUCCUCACGCGCUUCUUCCUCGGCACCGUCGAGGCCCCCUUCUACCCGGGCGCCCUGUACCUGCUCAGCAUCUUCUACACUCGCAAGGAGCUCGCCACGCGCAUCUCGGUCCUUUACAGCGGCAAUAUCUUCGCGUCAGCCUUCUCGGGCCUCAUUGCGGCUGGCGUCUUCAACGGCCUUGACGGCGCCAUGGGUCUCAAAGGUUGGCGCUGGCUCUUCAUCAUACAGGGCAUCGUCACCUUCUUCUUCGCCCUCGUCGCCUGCUUCACGCUCCCCGACGCGCCGCUGCAGACACGCUGGUUGACCCCCGAGCAGCGUCAGCUCGCACACGACCGCGUGCUCAAGGACACGGUUGGCCAGCGCACCGACGCCUCCAUGUGGAGCGGCUUCAAGGAGGCGCUGCUCGAUCCCAAGGUGUGGUUGUUCAUCUUUAUGCAGCAUGUGCACCUGGGCACCAACGGCUUCAAGAACUUUUUCCCCACCAUUGUCAACACCCUCGGCUUCAGCACCACCGUCACCCUCGUCCUCACCUGCCCGCCCUACCUCAUCGCCGGCGGCAUCUCCAUCCUCUGGGCGACCUCGUCCGGCCACUUCAACGAGCGCACGUGGCACAUUACCAUUGCCAAGUGCGUGGCCAUCCUGGGCUUUGUGCUCGCCUGCGCGACCCUGAACGUGGGCGCGCGGUACUUUGCCAUGGUCGUCUUCACCGUCGGCACGUACUGCGUCAACUCGAUCCUGCUCGGCUGGGUGGGCAGCAGCUGCGGCGAGACGAGGGAGAAAAAGGCGGCCGCUCUGGCCAUUGUCAACGUCAGCGCCACCCUGAGCUUUGUGUGGACGUCGUACCUCUGGCCAUCGUGGAAUGCCCCUCGAUACACCAUCCCCAUGAUCUCCAGCGCUGGCCUGGCCUUUUCUUGCAUUGUCGGUGCCUGGAUCAUGAGGUGGAUGCUCGUGCGGGAGAACAGGAAGAUUCGUGCUUCCAACUCGGAGGCCAGGCUCUUCUACGCUUAUUGAGGGAGCACUCUGUUCUGUCAUAAACGAGUUGAGAGAGCGACUGGAGUCUAAGAAACGACUCUGUAGAUGAGGCUGCGGCUCCAGCUAGGCAGCGCAUCAAGCAAUCCCAGUACCUGUACUUGAAGUGAUCUACACUCUUGCUCCAGUCCACCAUUAUCAACGUGCCCCCCGGACUGUUCCCCCGGGAAUG